AUGGAGAAGACCAGUGAUGGGUUUGUGAGGGCUGAUCAGAUUGAUUUGAAGAGCUUAGAUGAGCAACUGGAGAGGCAUCUCAAUAGGGCUUGGUCUAUGGAGAAAAACAAGAAAAAUCAAGAUGAUUUCCCUAUCACCACCUCCGCCUCCGCCGCCACCACUACCGCCACCACAAUCGGCGGCGGCGCUGCAAGUAGGAGGCAAAGAUAUGAGUGGGAGAUUGACCCCUCAAACCUGAUCAUCAAGGGCGUCAUCGCACGUGGCACUUUUGGGUCUGUACACCGUGGCAUUUAUGAUGGUCAAGAUGUUGCCGGUCAGUCACCCUCUUGUCCUGUUAUCUUUUCUCUCUCAUUUUUUUCCUCUGUAUAA